AUGUCACAGACAAUCGGACUGACGAAACUAGCCUACUCGCGCACCUGGCACCACGUCUCGGCCUCGGCACCACAUCCUACGCUCUCGACACAGCCGGGCAUCACCCCCCCCUCGCUGGGCCGUCUGGCGUCGCGCAUCGCCGUGAUCCUCAUGGGCAAGCACAAGCCGAUCUGGGACCCGUCGACGGACUGCGGCGACUACGUAGUAGUAACAGACUGCGCGGCGCUGCACGUGACGGGCAACAAGAAGUGGCAGAAGACGUACUACCGGCACAACACCAAGCCGGGCUCGCUGCGCAGCGUCACCAUGGACGUGCUGAUGGCCAAGCACGGCGGCGCCGAGGUCCUGCGCAAGGCCGUCAGCGGCAUGCUGCCCAAGAACCGCCUGCGCGACAAGCGCCUCGCCCGCCUCAAGGCCUUCGAGGGCGAGGCCCACCCCUACAGGCAGAAUCUGGUCCGGUUCGGCGGCGUCGAGGUCGGCAAGGCGGGCUGGGAGGAGGCCGUCAAGGCGAUACGGCAGGCGGAUAUGCAGAGGUUAUAA